AUGAUGGAGGACACCAUUAUAAAAGAGGACUUUGAUUCAUCCGACGAAGAGGAUAUUGAAAGCCCUGACGACACUUUAGACGGCAAGCCAAACCCAACGCGACCAACAAUGGACAAGUCACUGGCAGCCAAGAUGUACAUCGAGCAGUACUAUAUGAACCAACAAAAGUCGGCCAAGCAGCGACUGUCGCGCCGCAAGGACCUCGAGGAGAAGAUGGGCAACAUGAAACUGACGGCCAAGGAGCAGAACGACAUGAUCAAAGAGCUGGACAAGAAGGAGUCCGACUACAACCGUCUGAAGCGCAUCAAGCUAAAGCGCUCCGACUUUGACCUGAUCAAGGUGAUUGGCCGCGGCGCCUUUGGCGAGGUCAGUCUGGUGCGCAAGAAGGAGUCGGGCGAGCUGUUCGCCAUGAAGCGUCUCGUCAAGUCAGAGAUGCUGAAGAAGGAGCAGGUGGCGCAUGUGCGUGCCGAGCGCGACGUGCUGGUUAACGCUAACAACGAAUGGGUGGUCCGUCUUUACUUCUCGUUCCAGGACGAGAACUACCUCUACCUUAUAAUGGAGUACCUGCCUGGCGGCGAUAUGAUGUCCUACCUGAUCAAGUACGACAUCUUCUCGGAGGACCAGGCUCGCUUCUACAUCGCCGAGACGCUGCUGGCCAUCGAGUCGGUGCACAAGCUCGACUACAUCCAUCGCGAUAUCAAACCCGACAACCUAUUGCUGGACAAGGAUGGCCAUGUCAAGCUCACCGACUUUGGCCUGUGCACGGGCUUCCAUCGCAUGCACUCGUCAGAGUUCUACAACAAGCUGGUCGGCGAUGCCAUGACACUCAAGAUGAAGCUGGUCACCGAGACCCAGAUCACACAGACAGAGAGGAUUGCGUCGUGGAAGAAGACGAGGAGAGAGCUGGCAUACUCGGCCGUUGGCACGCCAGACUACACAGCACCAGAGGUGUUCUUACAGAUUGGCUAUGGCAAGGAGGUUGAUUGGUGGUCACUAGGUGUGAUCCUGUAUGAGAUGGUCAUUGGACAUCCACCAUUCCUCUCGGAGGACACUACACAGACAUGUCUAAAGAUUCUGAAUUGCAAGGAGACACUCCAGUUCCCCGACUACUCUGGCGCAUCCAGCGAUUGUAUAGACUUGAUUAAGAAGUUGGUUUGCGAGAAGGACAGACUGAGUAAUGCAGAUGCGAUAAAGAGACAUCCAUUCUUUAGGGGCGUGCAAUGGGAUAAGAUACGAACACAAAAGGCACCGUUCAUACCGGUGCUAAAGAGUCCGACUGACACGUCCAACUUUGACGACUACGAGCCAGAGCGUCUCGUUGAUGAGAGCCCCAGGAAAUCAAACCGUCUUGGCAAGGCGAUCAAUGAGAAGGACCUGGCCUUCAUCGGCUACACCUACAAGGGCUUUGACGCAGUGGACAAGUCACCCAAUCACAAUCGCAGGAAUGUCGAAACCAUCUUUAAGUAG